AUGGCUCUUAGUUACCCGUUUCCGAAUCCCAACGAAGCAACCUACAAAGACAGUCCACCGGCAUACGAAUUCAACGACAGUGUGAUGGAAAUGAGUGAUUCCGCACCUCUGCUUUUCCAAAUGCGAGAUUUUCGACGUGAACAGGCUUUUAUCGCCGUAAUGGGCAUGACUGGUUCUGGAAAGAGCACGUUUAUCCGGAACUUUUGCAAGACUGCCAUAAUUGGCGAGGAGACGGCGAAGGUGGAAGCGCAUCCAGCAGAGACCACCAUUUACGGCCACGAGGUCGUCUUCGUCGACACGCCGGGCUUCGACGACACAACCCGAUACGAGGCCGAUAUCCUGCGCGAGAUAGCCGACUGGAUUAGCGGAGCGGAUGAAAAAGGUAUCAAGCUAACGGGUAUCGUGUACCUGCACGGAAUCCAGAACCCCCGCGUAGGGGGCACCAUGCGGAGUAACCUUCGGCUGUUUAGGAAACUGUGCGGCGAUGCAUCCAUGUCGUCGGUGGCACUUGCAACUACGCAUUGGAGCAGCAGCGAAGCAGACCGGGUCGCGCAGCGGAGACGGCACCAAGAGCUCAUCGACGAUGGCGAUUUCUGGGCGAAGAUGAUGGCCAAUGGGGCGCAGGACUUCAUCCACGACAAGGGGCUGGCGUCGGCGCUGGAAAUCGUACGCUACCUGCUGGACCAGCGGCCCCCGGGCGGCCUGAAGUUGGCGAUCCAGCAAGAGAUGGCCAGCGGCAUGACCCUCAACGAGACGGGCGCGGGCAAGGCGCUCGAGGAGAAGCUCGACAGCAUCCGGGAGUCGUACGAGCGCACCCUCCAGUCUCUAAGGGUCGACCUCGACGAAGCGAAGCGCGAGAACAAACGGACCCACGAGCAGAGGGAAAUCGAAGUCAAGAGUAUAACCGAGGAGAUAAAGAAACUCGAAAAGAGGAUCGAGGACGAGAGCCUCGACAGGAUGCGCCUCCAGGUCGACCUGGCGACGCUCCAAAAGCAACGCCAGAAGGAGCUGGAAAGGGUCGCCGAGGACGCCAAACGCUCGUACGACGAGCUGGCCGAUCGCUUGGCCUUGGAGCACGAGGAGCAUCUGAGAGUUGAGGUCGAGAAGGAAAAGGUCAAGAGGAAACAACUCCAGGCGAGGAUCAGACACGCCCAGGAAUGUACAGUGAUGUGA